GGCUGUGGUAAAAGCCGUCCGGAAAAUGGCCGCCGCCGCCGCUGCCGCGCCGAGCGGAGGAGGAGGAGGAGGCGAGGAGGAGAGACUGCUCCAUAAAAAUACAGACUCACCAGUUCCUGCUUUGAUGUGACAUGUGACUCCCCAGAAUACAUCUUGCUUCUGUAGACCAGCUCCAACAAGAUUCCAUGGUAGCUGGAAUGUUAGGGCUCAGGGAAGAAAAGUCAGAAGAACAAGAUCUCCAGGGCCUGAAGGACAAACCUUUGAAGUUUAAAAAGGUGAAGAAGGAUAAGAAAGACGACCGAGAGGGCAAGCAUGAGCCCCUGCAGCCGCCGGCCCACCACUCUGCGAGCCAGCAGAGGCAGGCAAAGCAGAGACCUCGGAAGGGUCAGGCUCAGCGCCCGCUGUCCCAGAAGCUUCUGCCUCCCCUAAGCAGCGGCGCUCCAUCAUUCGCGACCGGGGGCCCAUGUACGACGACCCCACGCUGCCUGAAGGUUGGACCCGAAAGCUUAAGCAAAGGAAAUCCGGCCGCUCCGCUGGGAAGUAUGAUGUGUAUUUGAUCAAUCCCCAGGGAAAAGCCUUUCGCUCUAAAGUGGAGUUGAUUGCGUACUUCGAAAAGGUAGGCGACACCUCCCUGGACCCUAAUGAUUUUGACUUCACGGUAACUGGGAGAGGGAGCCCCUCCCGGCGAGAGCAGAAACCACCUAAGAAGCCCAAAUCUCCCAAAGCUCCAGGAACUGGCAGAGGUCGGGGACGCCCCAAAGGGAGUGGCACCACGAGACCCAAGGCAGCAGCGUCCGAGGGCGUGCAGGUGAAAAGGGUCCUGGAGAAAAGUCCCGGGAAGCUGCUCGUCAAGAUGCCUUUUCAAGCCUCGCCGGGGAGCAAGGCUGAAGGGGGUGGGGCCACCACGUCGGCCCAGGUCAUGGUCAUCAAACGCCCUGGCAGGAAGCGAAAAGCUGAGGCCGACCCCCAGGCCAUCCCCAAGAAGCGGGGCCGGAAGCCAGGCAGUGUGGUGGCAGCUGCCGCCGCCGAGGCCAAGAAGAAAGCCGUGAAGGAGUCUUCCAUCCGGUCCGUGCAAGAAACCGUGCUCCCCAUCAAGAAGCGCAAGACCCGGGAGACGGUGAGCAUCGAGGUGAAGGAGGUGGUGAAGCCCCUGCUGGUGUCCACCCUCGGCGAGAAGAGCGGGAAGGGACUGAAGACCUGCAAGAGCCCUGGGCGCAAGAGCAAGGAGGGCAGCGCCUCCUCGCCCCCCAAGAAGGAGCAUCACCACCACCACCACCACGCGGAGCCCCCGAAGGCGCCCGCGCCGCUGCUCCCGCCCCCGCCCCCGCCCCCGCCCGAGCCGCAGAGCUCCGAGGACCGCCAGCCCCCCGAGCCCCAGGACUUGAGCAGCAACGUCUGCAGAGAGGAGAAGAUGCCGAGAGCGGGCUCGCUGGAGAGCGACGGCUGCCCCAAGGAGCCCGCUAAGACUCAGCCCGCCGUCGCGACCGCCGCCACGGCCGCAGAAAAGUACAAACACCGAGGGGAGGGAGAGCGCAAAGACAUUGUCUCGUCCUCCAUGCCAAGGCCAAACAGAGAGGAGCCUGUGGACAGCCGGACGCCCGUGACCGAGAGAGUUAGCUGACUUUGCGCAGAGCGGAUGGCCAAGCAAACCAACAAGAAUAAAGGCAGCUGUUGUCUCUUCUCCUUAUGGGUAGGGCUCUGACAAAGCUUCCCGAUUAACUGAAAUAAAAAAUAUUUUUUUUUCUUUCAGUAAA